AUGCUUGGUUCGAGUCUGGGCUCAGGAUCGUUCGGCGCGGUCUAUGCACUGCAUGGAUCUGUCUGUCCUGAGGUGACAAGUCACUUUCCGGGACGAGAAUUCACGGCUAAGCUCUUCCACGCUACUACUAGCGGCUUUAUGGAUGUGCUGGAGCGCAUUGAAAAAGGCGAGAAAGUACUCGUCAACCAGGCCACCGUUAGGAAUGUCCAAGAACAUCUGGGGUACGUAUGA